UGACAAGAAAAUAUUUCGAAUAAACUGAAUUUCAAAGAUUCAAUAAAGCCCAAAGCUUAAACAGAGCUUAAAUACAAGAUGUCAGACAAUCGUUAUAUAGUUGGCUAUGCUAAACUGGGAACAUCAAGCUGUAAAAAAUGUAAAACAAAGAUUGGAAAGGGAGAUAUGAGAAUUGGUAAAGUUGUCUCCAAUCCUUUUAGUGAAGAUGGAGGGGAUAUGAAACAGUGGUUUCAUCCAUCAUGUAUUUUUGAAACAUUUGUCAGAGCACGAGCAACUACCAAGAAAAUUGAAGAUCCUGAUGAUUUAGAAGAUUUUAAAGAUUUAAAGGAUGAAGAUAAAGAUGUGAUUAAUCAACUCAUCAAAGAUUUCUUAGCUAAAGCUGGUUCGAAAACAAGUAAAACACCAGUGAAAAAGAAAGCUCCAGUGACUCAAUCCAAAUUACCAUUUUCUCCACCUAAAGUUGAAACCAGCACUAAAGAAACCAAACCAUCAACAAGUAAAAUUGAUGAUGACAUAGAAUAUGAUACCAACAUGUCACCAGAGGCAGAGAAAGAUAACUCAUUCAGGGAGUUCCGUAGAUUAUGUGCACUUAUAGCUGAAGAGAAUUCUUACACUGGUAAAACCGCUAUUGUAUCUAAAUAUAUUAAAAAGGGCAGCAAUGGUGAUAAGUAUCAAGGCAGUGUAUAUCUAUUAUUAAAACUCUUAUUACCUGGUGUUGUUAAAAGAGUCUAUAAUCUAAAUAAUAAACAGUUGGUGAAGCUCUUCAGUCAAAUAUUUGGAUGUAUAUUAGCUGAUAUGGUAGAAGACCUUGACAAGGGUGAUGUUGCAGAAACUAUUAAGACAUUUUUUGAACAGAGUAAAACUCUAGAACCACAGAGGAAAAGUAAACUGUCUAUACAACAGGUUGAUUUUCUACUUGAAGAAUUAUCAAAAGUCACUAAAGAAGAUGACCAACAGAGAAUUCUUACUAAAAUGGCUAAAAGAUGUACGUCCAAUGAUUUAAAGAUGUUUAUAAGGUUGAUAAAACAUGAUUUAAGAAUUAACUCAGGAGCCAAACACGUAUUAGAGGCCUUAGAUCCAAAUGCUUACGAAGCAUUUCAAGCUUCACGUAACUUAGAAGAUGUUGUUGAAAGAGUUUUAUCCAAUCAGAAAGAAGCGAGUGAAAAUGGUAAACCAGGAAUGGUGAAGAAACUGAGUGUUAAAGCUAUGUUAAUGACACCAGUGUUACCAAUGUUGGCUGAAGCUUGUCGUUCAGUACAGCAAGCUAUGAAGAAAUGUCCCAAUGGAUUUUAUGCUGAGAUUAAGUAUGAUGGUGAGAGGGUUCAAGUUCAUAAAAAGGGAACUGAAUUUAGAUAUUUUAGUAGAAGUUUAAAACCAGUAGUUCCUCACAAAGUCAAUCAUUUUAAAGAUUAUAUCCCAAAAGCUUUUCCCACUGGUAAUGAUUUAAUAUUGGAUGCUGAAGUUUUAUUGGUGGAUACAAAAACUGGGCAGCCAUUACCAUUUGGUUCACUUGGUGUUCACAAGAAAGCAGCAUUCCAGGAUGCCUCUGUUUGUUUGUUUGUAUUUGAUUGUUUACAUAUUAAUGGUAUUAAUCUCAUGGAAAAACCUCUUAAAGAAAGAAGAAAAGUUUUACAAGAAAAUAUGACAGAAGUAAAAGAUCAUGUUAAAUUUUCAGAAUAUCAACACAUUACAAAAGUGCCUAAUCUACAGGAACUGAUGGAUAAAGUGUUUCAGGAAGGAUUAGAAGGUCUGGUUUUAAAAGAUGUUAAUGGUUUGUAUGAACCAGGUAAAAGACAUUGGUUAAAAGUUAAAAAAGACUAUCUACACGAGGGCAGUAUGGCUGAUUCAGCAGAUCUUGUUGUGUUGGGAGCCUACUAUGGUACAGGCAACAAAGGUGGUUUGAUGUCCAUAUUUUUAUUGGGUGUUUACGAUCAGAUGACCAAAAAAUGGUGUACAGUUACCAAAAUAGGAAAUGGUCUUGACGAUAAAACAUUAGACCGACUUCAGACCGAACUUGAUAUGGUGAAAAUCAGUAAAGAUGUCACAAAGGUACCAGGAUGGCUCAACAUCAAGAAAACUGUUGUCCCUGAUUUUGUUGUGGCUGAUCCCAAAAAUGCUCCAGUGUGGGAAAUCAUCGGAGCUGAAUUUAGUAAAGCUGAGAUCCAUACUGCUGAUGGCAUCUCCAUCCGCUUUCCAAGAGUACAGAAAAUCCGCGAUGACAAGAAUUGGGAGACUGCUACAGAUUUAUCUAGAUUAAAGAAAUUGUAUGAAAAAUCUAAAGAGCGGACAGAUAUAGGUGGUACUGAGGAUGAGGAGGACUCUAACUCGAGUUUUAUAUCUGCCACAUCUCAAACUACCCCUACAGUGUCACCUGUUAAACGUAAAGCUGAAUCCUUAACCCCUUCAUCUUCUCCUUUAAAAAAGAUGAAGCCAUCAUGUAAAUAUGGAGAAAACUGCUACCAGACAAGCCCAGCUCACAAAAAAAACUUUGACCACAAGGCAGCCACUCCUGUCAAAUCUUCUUCCAAUAAAUUACCAGAUAUUUUUACUGGAUGUAAAAUCUAUCUGCCUAACAAUAUAGAUAAAUAUAAAGUAUUAAAACGUUAUGUUAUUGCCUUUAAUGGAGAUAUUGUAGCUGAAUUUGACAAAAAUACAGCCACACAUUUGAUAUCAACUUAUGGAAAUUCAAUCAAUGCAAGUGUUAAAGGAAAAACAGUCAUUGAUAAAUGGUUAUGGACUUGUAUUAAAACCAAAUCAUUAGUUCCAACAACUAAAUAUCUUAUAACAUGAAAAAUAGUCAAAAAUUGUUGGACGACUAAGGAAGUAAUACAAUCUUUAUGUAAUAGGACCUGAAAAGUAGUAAUGUUUUAUCUGAAAUUUCUAACUUGAUGAUAACUUUCAUGAUAUUAUGUGAUUAGACCUUCAUGCAAAUUUGGAUGAUGUUAUGCAAAAAUCAGUAUCUUUAAAAUUAAAAAGUUCUUUUAUACAUUAGUCAUAUAUAUUUGUCUUAGUGAUGUGUUUUUUUUUAUUGUAUGUUUAAUCAUUUACUAUUUUACACUUGUUAUUCUGUUUAAAUCCUGUUUACAUAGUCAUAUACUUAAUAAUUAUAAUGAUCAU